AUGCCACCACCAAAUGAAUCGCAAGAAGCUGCACCAUCAACAUCUGUCGGAUUUGGAAGACAAGAUUCCUUGGCUGUCGCUGCAACUCUUCAAGAACGUGAUCGACAAGUUUCAAUGGUCGAUUUCAUGGAAACCGAGUUGGAUUUGGACAAUUAUCUUGCCUGCUUCAAUGUAAGUCUUAUUUGACUGAAAAUUCUGGAACAUGGAAUAAUAAAUAACUUUUUACAGGAGCUCGAUGUUCCACCAGAUCAAAUCGAUCUCACCGACGGCGAACUCUACAAAGCUCAACUCUUAUACGAUGACGCGCAAUUCUGCCAAACCAACGAUCCAUUCCGCAUCGAAUAUCGCGAGACUUAUAGAUCAUAUGGUCCAAGAAGCCCAGAUCCAUACAAAACAAAUUACACGGGCAGUAGAUACACCAGAAUUGCUGAAGGUGAGUUAAAUGAAUUCUCAAAAUUUUUCAAUUUAUCAAUUAAUUAAACUUACAGAGAAAGUGCCAGAAGGAUCGCAGCCACAUGAUUAUUUCAAGAAAACCACUCGACCUGUCAAAAAAAUUCCACCAUACAAAGACGAUGAUUUUGAUGAAAUGGAAUCGAAUGAGGAUAGUUGCAGCGAAAUUAAUAGCUGCAGCGAGGAAAGUCACAGCCCUUCACCAACUCCACAAAAAGAAAUCGACUGGUAUCAGAAAAGUUUCUGAUUUCAAGCCGCAAACCAAAGCUCGUAAAUAUAAAUUGAAGCCAGAACAUGAAAAGGUUGGUGGUUUUUUUUUAUAUUUCAAUCAAUAAAUAUUUUUUUUUCAGAAAGAAGAUGGCUACAAAUUGAAGCGAGCUCGGAACAAUGAUGCCGUAAGAAAAAGUCGAUCAAAGGCUAAGGAAGCGCAGAUGAAGAAGGAAAAGGAAUAUGCGGAUAUGAAAAGUCGAAUUUCCGAAUUGGAAGGUCUUCUUGAAGCCGAAAAACAAGCCCGCAAACGUGAUCGGGAAACAAUUGAGCGUCUCCUCCAAAAAAAUUAA